CGCUCCCGCUUCCUCCUCUCUCGAUGCAGGGACAGGGAGACACUUUGUGGCGGCGGCGGGAGCGGGAGGAUGAGCGCGGAGCAACUGGAAGAGAAGCUGAGGCUGGUGCACUGCAGCAUCAAGACCUACCCCGACUUCCCUAAGCAGGGCAUCUUGUAUCGAGACAUCAUUCCCAUUUUGAAAGAUCCCAAAGCCUUUGUUGCAGUUAUUGACCUGUUUGAAGACCAUUUGAGAAAGAAGUCUGCCCAAACGGAAUUAAUUCUGGGUUUGGACGCACGUGGAUUUCUAUUUGGUCCUGCUCUGGCACAAAGACUUGGAAUUGGCUUUGUACCAAUUAGAAAGAAAGGAAAGCUUCCGGGUAAAGUCUAUUCCAUGAGCUACAGUCUCGAAUAUGGAGAGGCUGAAAUUGAGAUGCAAACUGAUGCUGUGCAACCACAGCAGAAAGUGGUCCUCAUUGAUGAUUUACUUGCUACUGGAGGUACACUGGGAGCUGCCUGCAACUUGCUGAAACAAGCGGGAGCUGAGAUUCUUGAAUGCUUAGUGGUGGUGGAACUUAAGGACCUGAAUGGAAUAAAGAAACUGAAUUGUGUGCCCCUCUAUUCACUCGUGCAGUUCUAAGCAGCGCUGUCUUCCAGAAUCACAACGGCCUCAAAUUACGUAAAAUGUAGUUAAUUUUGUCUUCUAAUCAUCGGGAGCAGAGUGGGUGUUGAUCUUUACCGAUUCAUUUUGCAACACCCGGCCCAAUUGAAGCAGCGUAUGAACCAUGAACAUGAACAUGCUGAGAACCACCAUGAACCCUGAACUUGAGACUCUGCUGAGUCCUGGAUAAACUCUUUGUGUGGGAAACCUUUGAGAUUUUUUUUUCCAGACUAGGACAGCUUCAUUGUCUCUAGUGUGUUGCCUGCUUUUGAGAUCUGGUGUCAAAUUGACUGAUGAUGCUGAAUACAUGGCCAAAUUUGAUUGCAAGCCUUAAUUGUGCACUUACUGCCCAUUUUAAGACCCAGGCAUUUAUUUAUCAAUAAAGUUGAUAUAAUAUGGAAACAGGAAACCAAUGCAGCUGGAAUCUGGAGAAAAUCACAAGUUGCUGGUGGGACUCAGUGGAUUGAGCAGCACCUGUGGGUUGGGGUGGGGAAAGAGGAAAGCAGAAUUGUUAAUGUUCCUGCUUAAGAGUCUGUGCUAGGACUGAGUGGAGAAGGGAAAGGGCCAGUCGAGGGGAAGGGGGAAAAGAUGACAACCAGGUAGAGCAGUCUGGCGGAGGAAUGCAGGGGAGAUAGCAGCAGUUGGGUGAUAGGUGGAAGCAGUCAAGGGAAAUAAAGGGCAGGUGAGGAAUGGAUGCAAAUGACAACGGGAAACAGUAAGGGGGAGGUGAAGAUCAGACAAACCAGGUGGGGGAGGGAAAAGUAAGAUGGACAGAGGGGGGUGGGGUAAAUAGGAAACAGAAGGCAUGGUUAAUGAAAUUGGGAAAUACAAUUUUCAUUUCAAGCAGCUAGUUUCCCACUCUUUAUGGUCUGCUCAUUACUGCUACUUUCCCAAUAAAAGCAGGAGGCGCUAGCUACACUGUUCUCUAUCCCCCGUCACUACCAUCCAGAAACCUACAUGUUCCUUCCAGGUUAGACAAUGAUUCACAUGCACAUUUCCAACAUCCUCCAACUGUUACAAUAGCAAUUUUUCCAUUUUCCUUGAUGCCCACAUUACAACCACUGGGUGGAGGGUGUUACAUUAUAGAACAUUUGUUCCAGGCCCUACAGGGCCCCUUCCUCUACAGAUCAUUUCAGCAUCUGCAAUGGGUGGAUCUCCCCACCAAACAAGUACUAGACAUAUGUUAAGCUCCCUUCGUGUCAGUAAAACGAUUCUUGUCCUUUCCACAUAAUAGGUUGUACUUGCUGCUCCUGCUCUACUCAAACUAGGUCCAAGUUCAAGUUUUAUUCUCGUCAGUUGGAGCAUUUUUGUUCCUUUACCUCAGGAAUAGCUAUGUUUCUAAUAGCUAAUAUUCACUUCAAAGAUAAAUAACAUUGCAUUUCCGUUAAGUGGGCAUAGCGAGUAAGGACAAAUUAUAAUAAUUACAUGGGGUUCUGGCUAAGGUAUCAAAUAAGUUCCGAUUUAGGAAUAUCCAAUGUCACUGUCAUUUUGUUUCCCUUGCAACAAGUAUAUACUGCAGUUAAACUGUAGAACAGUUGAAGGAACUGGUGACAAGAUCCUAGAAAACCUGUCAAUGUUUUAACAUGAAAAAUAAUAACAGUGCUGACCAAGGAUAA